AGUAGUUUUUAGCGUCUCUUGUUGGAUACGUCAUUUUUUCUCCCUUCAAGUGUAUUUUAAAAUUAUUUGUUUGUUAAAUAAAAUAUAACUAUUACUGAACAUCACGUUAUUAAAUUUAAAUUUAUUAUAUUAACUUUUAUAAUCACGAUCUGAACGUAAUUCAAUUUUUAAAAUCAAUAUUAUUUAUUUUAUUUAUAAAGAAAAUAAUAGAACAGCUGUUUUUAUAGCUCUAAAUUGAAAAAAAUAAUUAUUUAAAAAUCUAUAUUUAAGAAAAUUACAAUUUCCAUAAUAUUAACAAAAUUAUGGAUAAUUAAUUACUACAAAAUAAUAACAAAGUAAAGUUUAGUGUAAAUUUGUCAAUAAAGUCUUAAACUGAAAAUAAAUAAUAAUACUAAUGAAGUGGUUGAGCAAAAAUGACGCACAUUCGAUUUGACACUUUUCGCUGCAUAUUGAUUUUAUUAACAACCACACUUGUUGCUAACGGAGAUUUACAAAAUCUUAUAGAAUUACAGCAUAGACGACACUUACCUAAUACUAAAUUUGGACCAGAUGAUUAUGCUGAAUAUUCUGAUAAUAAUGAACCAGCGCCAGCGGAAAGUGAUCCUAAUUGGGAUAAAAUACCUCUGAGAAAUGUUGAAUUAUCUGGUAACAAAUCAUUAAUUUCUGAAUCUAUUCUACCAGAUUUACGUUCAAUAUUUGAAUUAGGCAUAAAAUGGGAUGAAAAUUGGAAUUCAGAAUUAAAUUAUGGACAACUGUCAGCUGUCAAUUUAGAUUUAGACGGCAAUAUAGUACUUUUUAGUAGACGCGAAAGAGUCUGGGGCCAAGAUACUUUUAACAUUGAGAAUAUAUUUAAUCGACUAUAUGGACCUAUUAAACAUAAUACAUUAAUAAUAUUUAAUAAAAGUGGCAAAGUCAUAUUAGAGUGGGGUAAAAAUAUGUUUUACUUACCACAUGGAUUAACAAUUGAUUAUCAUGGAAACUACUGGCUGACAGAUGUUGCGAUGCAUCAAGUAUUUAAAUUUGAUGGUAAAGAUAUUAAAAAUAACUGGGAAGCAUUAAAAAAUGUUCAAAAUAAAACUCAAGAUAAUACUGAUGAUAUAAUAAAUAAUAAUAAAAAUUUAUUUAAUAACAGUAUUAUAAAGCCUACGCUAAUAUUAGGAGAAGCAUUUGUUCCGGGUAAUGAUAAUAAAAGAUUUUGUAAACCAACAGCAGUUGCAGUUGCAAAUAAUGGUGAUUUUUUUGUAAGUGACGGAUAUUGCAAUUCAAGAAUUAUUAAAUAUAAUAGUAAAGCUGAGAGAAUAUUAAUUAUUGGCCGUUCUUCAACAAUAAAUAAUCAUUUUCUGUCGCCUUAUACACUUAUAGUACCUCAUGCUUUGGCACUUUCUGAUAAAUUUGACUAUUUAUAUGUUGCUGACAGAGAACACGGUAGAAUUCUGUGUUAUUAUUCACAUAACGGAACUUUCCACAAAGAAUUUAAAAAUCCUGUUAUUGGUACUAAAAUUUAUAGUAUCGCUUAUUCGAAAGAACGUCUUUAUUUAGUUAAUGGAGGGGAUCCAUAUUCUUUUAAUAAAUUCCAUGUACAAGGUUUCGUUAUUGAUAUUAAUUCUGGCCAAAUUAUAGCACAUUUUGGACCCAAUAAUGAUAUGCUUGCUCCUCAUGACAUUGCUAUUUCUGAUGAUGCCAGUGAAAUAUAUGUCGUUGAAUUAAAUAAUAACAGAAUAUAUCGAUUUUUACAAGAUGCUAUUUCAAACCGUUCAGUAAAAAUAAAUUCAUCUCUAACAAGCAAAUCUGCAGAUUCAAAUUCUAUAGUUCACCACGGAUUUGUACCUUUGACAAGUGAUAGUUCCAGUGAUAAAUCGUCAAGUAAUAUGAGUUUAUCAACAUUAAUAUUAACAAUCAUUGUCAGUGUAAUGAUUUUUAUUGGUCUGUGCGUCGGAGCUGCAGCAGUUGUAGCAAAAUGCCAAAAGAGAGAAAUUGAAAUUGACUGUUUUCAAAAUCGCACUCAGCCGGUCAUUUUAAGGCAGAUUCUUCUAAAAUUGUGCUAUUCUAUUUAUCUUCAUGGUCGAUUUUUCAAGAAAUUUUGCCAUAACCUAUCAUAAUUGGUUAAGUAAGUUCCAAAACUGCUACUCGUUAAUAAAUUUAUCUAUGUGUGUGUAUUAGGGUGUGUCGAAAAACAACCUUGAUUUUUUUUUUGCAUCACCAGAAAUUCAGAGGAUAUGUCAAAAUAAAAAUUCUGUCAGCAGAUCGACUCUGAAAUUCAAGUUUUAGAGGUAGCUGAUCGCAUUUUUCGAUUUCCUAUUUAAAUAUCAUGGGAAAAAUUUUUUCGAAAGUUUGGAAUUUUAUCAUUCACCAUGGAAUCAGUGUAUCGAAAAAAUCAUUCAAAUUCGAUUCUAGGGCUGCACUCGAGCUGAGACCAGCACGUGUUUAAGCUAUAUUUACUAUUCUUGCGUACGAUACCAUGAGCAAGACAUACAAAUCUUGACAUAGGUUUUUUGAUACACGAUUUUGUGAAAGGCACAUACGUAGAAAAAGAUACUAGCAGCUAGGGUCCUUACUCAAUAUACGUACUCCAUAAUCUUGCGCAAACACGUGUGUAUCGUAAGAUCGAAAUUCUAAUUUAUUUAAUGCAAAAAAUUCAGAAAUCACAACUAAAAUAUUCAUUUAAUAUUUCUCAGUAAAAUAUGUAAAUUUAAAUAAAUAUUAGAUAGACAGCUAAAUGUAUAAACACUAAUACUAUCAUCGUUAUUAUUUGAUCCGUUCCUUUUUUGUUCCAUUCCAAUCAUAUUUUUUACAAAUUAUUUUGUAAAAGAAAUCACCCUGUAUCUUGACUUACAAUCAAUUCUAUUCAAAGUAAAAUAAAGGACAAUAUAGUGACUCUUUCAAGUGCUAGAAACUAACUGUAUAAUGAUAUUCCAAAUAUAUAUGAAUUGACUAUAGUAUACAUUCAAAUAUUUUCAUACUAACAUACUCAGACAAUUUAUAUCUAUAGAAAUAUAAAUAAUCCUAUUAAGUUUAAGUUUUAUCUCUAUUUUAAAUCAAAGUAUUUCAGAAAAGUUAAUAAACCUGAAUUAAUUGUCGAAUUAUAGUCAUGUGUGAACACAAAAUCUUAAUAAAACUAUUUCACAUAUAUUUAUUACAUUGUAUUGGUUCUUGUCAAGACAUUGCAGGAUUUCCGAUGGUCUUGGUCUUGGUCUCGAUAUUGCAAUCUAUAGUAUCGUCUUGGUCUCGUCUUCAUAAGUCGAGACGAAAUCGAAACGAGAUCAAUAUAAUCUUGAUUUUGAGUGCAGUCUUAUUUGAUUCUAAUAUUAAAAAUUAUAUUACAAAUUUGCCUGAAGAUAGGAACGUUUUUCACUCAACGAAAAUGAAAAAAAUUUAUGUAAUUUGACUGCUAAAGGGUAACAAGGGGUAGUUCUGGAGGCUACGGAUGGCCUAAAAUUUUCGGCUGACAUACUCGCACUUUUUUUAUUUCCGUUCCACCAAAAAUGUUCCAAUCUUCAGAUACAUAAAUACAAAAUGAUUUUUCAUUUUAUUUAUCAAUUUAUAUUAAAUAGUUUAAUUUCACUCCAAUUAAACAUGAGCAGAUAAUGGGUCUAUUACCUUGAUCGUUAUUUCGUAUAAUUAAUUAAAUAAAUAAUUUACGAUUUUUAUUGACCGUAAUUUUAAAUCUGAAACAUAUAACAUAAUAAAUUUCAUGUCAAAAGUUAAAAGUAACAUAUUAGAUUCAACAAUAUAAAUAGAAAAAAAUUAGUGUUUAAUUUAGUUUAAUUAUCUCUUUCAGAAUAGUCAACAUCAACUAUUUUUGUUAUAUAACUUGCUAAAGAUGUUAGGGACUGUUUUAUUAUUUUAUGAUAAUUAUAGCAGUUUUGUAUCAUUAAAUAUUCCGAGUGUCCCAAAAGAACCAAAUAUAAAUGAAGGGAUAGACAGAGAAUGCGAUUCUGAGACGAAAAGUCCUCUAGCGUUUUUCAACCUUCCAUGAUUAAGAAAAUUGAUUUGAAAUGAUUCAAAACAAUUUGAAAUGAUUUAACACAAUUUAACUCAACUAAUAUAUAGAUAUACACUUAACAUGGAUGAAAUCACUUUUCUUAAUCAGGUCUAGUCCUUCGGCUGAAGAGGAGAGAGUCCGUAUACAUUUUGUUGGCCAAAGAUGUUCUCAACGGUUGCUUACGUGUUUUGGACCGGAGAUC